AUGAAUAAGCACCAAGAAACUGGUCCUGAUAGCAAAAUUUGGAAAAAGCCAAGGAAAUUUUUUGCUCAUAUUGCAGAUAUAUAUGGAAAGAUAUGGCAUGGUGAGUAAAAGUUUCUUUCAUAGCAAUAAUUCUUCCUUAUGAGUCACUAUAAUUUCAUAGGACGGGAUCAGAAUUUCAGGCUUGAAGCAAUGGAACAAUAGUUGCCACAGUGAAUCAGGACUGGACCUCUGAACCCCCCUCAGAGUCACAACAGCUACAAGUUUGGGGUGGCUACAUAAGGAUCAAAAUAAAGGCAUGGCUAUUUAUUUAUGUAAUAAGAAAAACAAAGCAUUUUAUGAAGUAUGAAACUAAGGCGGUUCUGUGAAUCGCCCUGACACCUCCAGGUAUAGGGUGGUAUAUAAAUUCAAUAAAUGAUAAAAUAAAUAAAUAAGACAGAUUACAAAAGAAAGGGUCAGCUGGUGACUGCAUAAACACUAUACAUUUAAACCACAUUUUAAGUACGCUUCUUCCCCUAAAGAAACCUGGAGAAUGUUUUUUACCCCUCACAGAGACACAAUUAGCAACUAUGUACAGUGGUACCUCGGGUUACAGAUGCUUCAGGUUACAGAACUUUGCUUCAGGAUGAGAAAAGAAAUCGCACCAUGGCGGCAUGGCGGCAGUAGGAGGCCCCAUUAGCUAAAGUGGUACCUCAGGUUAAGAACGGUCCUCCAGAAUGAAUUAAGCUCUUAACCUGAUGUACCACUGUAGUUGCUAUGGAGGUCAAAAGUGAGUUCCCAACGGGUUUGCAGUUCCAUUUGUUGCCGGGCUGACCCAACUGUCAAACUGUGAUCUCUGGACUCCAAUGCACUCCUGCAGCAGGCUGCCUCGAAUUUCUGUUCUCAUCCUGAAGCAAAGUUGUUAACCUGAGGUACUAUUACUGGGUUUGCAGAGUCUGCAACCUGAAGCAUCUGUAACCCGAGGUACCACUGUAUGUACACAAACUACGGAAUUUGUCAGCACAGGAUGUGGUGAUGGCUACUAAUUUAGACGGACACUGCGGGAAACAGGAUGGUCUAAUACAGAGGCCUUUGGUCUGAUCCAUAGGACUCUUUAUAUGUUCUCAGUGCUUCCCACAGGUCUUAUGUUACUGUAAGUGUUGAAACUUAAAUCAGAAAUACACGACUAAGGAUGAGACCGUGUAGCUACUUAGGGCAUGGUCAAGGGGGGGGCGUGUCUAGGAAGCAGCUUUCUCACUUGGUAGAAAGUGAUUCAGAGAAUGGUCUGAAGAUGCCUGAAGUUGGAGCUCUUAGGCACGGGGAAGAAAUAUACUCCAGGCCCUGGAUAGCUCUCAUACAGAAGGGGGAUACUACUCUUUAAAUUAAAAAAGUCUCAAAAAACUUUAGUAUAACUAUAACAACACAUUAAACUGUCUCAAGGGCUCAACCCUAUAUAAAAGCUUAAAGUAGACUAAAACAGCAAAACACAGUUUUAGCUCACUCAGAGACUGGGCAAAAUGUUUCCACCUGCUCAAAAGGAAGCAAGGAAGGAACAUUCUACGAGAGGAGAAAUCCCUUCAUUCAUUAAGGGACCACUACAGAGAAAGUCUUGAUCCGUGUGGUUGACAACCUAGCAUCCAGAAUGCUGGAGCAUAUUGUCAUUGUUGUUUAGUCAUUUAGUGGUGUCUGACUCCUCGUGACUCCAUGGACCAGAGCAUACCAGGCACUCCUGUCUUCCACUGCCUCCCGCAGUUCGGUCAGACUCAUGCUGGUAGCUUCAAGAACACUGUCCAACCAUCUCGUCCUCUGUCGUCUCCUUCUCCUUGUGCCCUCAGUCUUUCCCAACAUCAGGGACUUUUCCAGGGAGUCUUCUCUUCUCAUGAAGUGGCCAAAGUAUUGGAGCCUCAGCUUCACGAUCUGUCCUUCCAGUGAGCACUCAGGGCUGAUUUCCUUCAGAAUGGAUACGUUUGAUCUUCUUGCAGUCCAUGGGACUCUCAAGAUUCUCCUCCAGCUUCAUAAUUCAAAAGCAUAUAACAGAGCUUUUAACCUGAUCUUAAAUUUAAUUUUUUUUCUGAACCACACUGAUUUCCUCCAGUAAUGGUUGCAAUAUUUCUUUGUUGCAUUUUGUAUUAUUUUCAGGUUAUGAACUUACUGGUAUAGAACAUAUCCCUAAAGGACCAGGGAUUAUUAUUUAUCAUCAUGGAGCUAUGUCUAUCGGCUAUGUCUUUUUUGCGGCUAGAUAUUUUUUAGAGACGGGGAGAGCAUGCUUUUCAUUAAUGCAUCAUGUCGUGUAUUGGAUACCAGGUAAAUUAUUUAAAUUGAAAUCAUGCUUUUUUACAUAAAACAUGUAAAAUAUGACAUGAAACAAUGCUAUAAGCUAUGAAACAAUGCUAUAAAAUAUAAAACUGUACAUCAGGAAAGCAGGUAAAAACAACUGAUAAUGUGUCAUCUGAUUCCUAUGCUAUGACUACAAGCUCUCAUGUAAUAAUUGCUGAUCACUUUAAUACCAGAACAGGGCAAGGCGUAGGCUUUGGGGUGUCUAAGUUGACGAUUUCCUCAAGUACAAAGAGUUUUGCAAAGUUCUGUCAUUAGUAAAGAUGGGAUAUUCCUUACUGGAAAGAACAACGCAAAGUAUGGGAUUCUGCUUGGGAGCAUCUGCACUAGCAAACCACCUGCGCAAAAUCCUCUGUAUUCAAACACCACUGGGUGGCAGCAGGGAUGGGCUAGGAGCUACAGCUAAGGAAAAGGGCAGAAGCCCAAGUGAAGCCCCAAAGACAUGUCCAAGGCUUUCAUAGCAAGUCCAACCUAUCACCUAAUCUGCACACAGAUCCCAGAAAACAUGGCCCCACCCAAACACAUGGCCAAGCAAGCACUCCCACACACAGCUUUUAUGUCCCCAUGUGACCCCACCCAAACACAUGGCCAAGCAAGCACUCCCACACACAGCUUUUAUGUCCCCAUGUGACUCCAAUCAAACACAUGUGGCACCCUUGCUGUAGUGUUCAUGGCCCUCCACUGCCACUCCCCCCCACAUCAUCUUCCUCUGCAUGCACACAGCAGCCACCCCAGGAAACUAUGACAUCACAGAAAGGUCAUUUGAAGGAAGGAGUCCAAAGAGACCCAGUAGCACAGAGCGCUGUUUGGAGUUUUUCCACUAGGUUAAUUAAUGCAGCAUAUAACCUCCACCCAUAUAUCUGUGUACCAAUCUCAGCUGGUGGAGGCAUUUUUCCUUCAGCAUUGUCUCCUCUGUGCCAUGCGUGUAUCCCCCCCCCCCCCGCCGUGUGUGUAUCUACUAUAUCCAAAAGCUCUGCACCCUAAAGGGAUUGAAGGUUUGGAUGGUGGAACAAGGCACUGUGACCUGUAUUUUUAUCAUAAUGCAAACUUGAAUGUAUUACAGACUUGACUUGAGGAACACAUGUCUAAAAAGUUCGCACCUCAGCACGCAACCCUACUCAAUGUGCUUUCCAAAAAAACCUCUACUGUCAGAACCUCUAAGCAAAAGUGGAAUUAGCAUAAAGUCCCCCUCCAUGAAAUCCUAGUUAAAAUGGGUUGGCAGAGAGCUAUGCUUGUGAUCCAUAAUAGUGCACUAUCUUUGGAAUAAUGACACUUGUAUUGUAUCCACACUAUUUCCUAAAUAGGUUUCACAUAAAAUGCAUUCUUCUAUUUGGGGCUUAUUUUUUCAGGGCUGCAGAUGUUUUUUUAUGUGCUCGGGUUGAAAUCUUACAAUAAAGCUGAAAUUGUGGAAAUGAUGAAGAAAGGCCGUUUAAUGGGCAUUUCACCUGGUGGAGGUAGAGAAGCACUGUAUAGUCAUGAUUACGACAUAAUGUGGGGUAAACGCACAGGUUUUGCUCAGGCAGCUUUGGAGGCGAAAGUGGUGAGUGAUCUUUGUGCAAUCUGCAUUGCCUUCACGAUUAUCCUAGAUAAGACGUAAUGUGUUGACAUCCUUGAUCCAGCAUCCUAAGUAGUUGAGGAUGGCAAAUCCCCUAUUUGGGGGUCAGAUGAUAUCUGGAGUGCCACAGGUCUCCCCACCCCUGCUUAAAACAAACCUACUGAAAUUGGUGACAUUUAAAAAGAAAACCUGCGUUUUCCUUUUAUCUUUCUUUUUUAUAUAUAAUUUUAUUUUUAAAAAUUGUUUUACUGUUUAAAAUACUCAUUUUACAUCCUUAAGCUCUCCCCAACACUGCUUUAAAAAAAAACCUUUACUUAUCGUAAAUCCCUGCAUAUUUUACAAAAACUAUACUAUUCAGUAUUCCAUUAUUGAAUCCAUCAAAACAUAUUACACUGCAGUAUUUAUCUUAAUGCUGCCAGUCAUCAUCUAUUUCAAGAUCCUUCUCAUAAUAUGUCUGGAGCACUCAGUCUUUGAUAUUUCUAGAAUAAAAAAAGAAGCAAACAAUCUCCUGGAAAUGUUUUCUUCUUAGCAUACGAGGAUUUAACCCUGAAAGCAUGAUCCAUAACAAAAAUUAAGGCUUGGUUGGGACAAAAUAAUUAUCCAAUCUUCACCUUUCUUUUCAUGUUUGCUUCAUCUUUUUUUUUUUAGCCCAUCAUCCCUAUUUUUACACAAAACAGUUGUGAAGCAUACAGGACCAUUGGAAAGACAAGUAAGUUAAAUACCUUGGUUGAUCAAGAGAUCUCAGGCAAUAUACAUUUUAAUAAUAUAGAAUGAUCUUUUUAAAAGAAUAUCUAUUUACUACUCACUUAAAAUGAGUAGGGGAACUGAACAGGAAACAUACCAUAUUCUGCAGUCUAUUGUACACAAAUUAUGACUGAUUGCAAAGAGCUGAUAAGAGCUGACUGAAUAUCUUGUACAGUGGUACCUCAGGUUAAGUACUUAAUUGGUUCCGGAAGUCUGUACUUAACCUGAAGCAUUCUUAACCUGAAGCGGACUUUCCCAUCGAAAGUAAUAGAAAGUGGAUUGAUCCGUUCCAGAUGAUGAAAAAACACCGCCUAAAACAGCAAUUUAACUGUUUCACGAGACCAUUGUUCCAUAAAAUGAUGGCAAUAAUCAAUGUAAAGGUAAAGGUAAAGGGACCCCUGACCAUUAGGUCCAGUCAUGACCGACUCUGGGUUUCCGGUGCUCAUCUCGCUUUAUUGGCCGAGGGAGCCAGUGUACAGCUUCCGGGUCAUGUGGCCAGCAUGACUAAGCCACUUCUGGCGAACCAGAGCAGCACACGGAAAUGCCGUUUACCUUCCCAGCAGAGCGGUACCUAUUUAUCUACUUGCACUUUGACGUGCUUUUGAACUGCUAGGUUGGCAGGAGCAGGGACUGAGAAACGGGUGCUCACCCCGUCGCGGGGAUUUGAACCGCCAAUCUUCUGAUCGGCAAGUCUUAGGCUCUGUGGUUUAACCCACAGCGCCACCCGGAUCCCUAAUAAUCUAUGUACUGUACUAUAUAAUAAAUAAGACAGUAUUUUAGAUGAUUUUUUUUUUCCAAACUCACUGUUUGGAGGGGGCUCCGGGUCCUCUUCCACAAUCACAAUCGGAUUGGCUCCUGGCAUUCGUGGAGGCCUCAGAGAGCUCCUGCGGCUGGAGCUCAGUUGCAGAGCCUCUGCAGCCACAGUGGAUGUCGGGGUUUGGAUCCCGGCAUUUGCGGAGACCUGCAGGCACUGCGGAUGUCAGGACUAGGCAUUUGCAGAACUACUCUAAGCACCGCAGAUGUCGGGGCUUGGCUCCUGGCAUUCGUGGAGCCCUGCAGGCACCGUGGACGUCAGGACUAGGCUCCCGGCAUUCGCGGAGCCGCUCUAGGCACCGCGGAUGUCAGGGCUUGGCUCCUGGCAUUCGCGGAGCCCUGCAGGCACCUCGGAUGUCGGGGCUUGGUUCCCUGCAUUCGCAGAGGCCUCUGAGAGCUCUGUAGGCCCCGCCGUUGUCCAGGUUUGCUUCCAGGCAGCGGCGAGUCCUCCAAGAAUUUGGACAACUUACCAUAAUUUUCGCUCCAUAACACGCAGUUUUUUCCUCCUAGAAAGUAAGGGGAAAUGUCUGUGCGUGUUAUGGAGCGAAUGCCUACGGAUGGCGGGGGACCGUGCCUCGCUUUGAAACUGCAAAGCGGGUGUAAGUGGCUCCUGUCAGCGAGCCGAGCCGGGGAGGAGGGAGAGAAGCAGAGCGGGGUUGGCUGCUUUAAAACAACCCCGUGCUCUAUGUCCCUCUCUCCUCCCCACUGAGCUGCUAAGUAGCAGCAAAGCUUUUCAGCCAGCCUAGCCGGGAGGAGGGAGAGAAGCAGAGCGCGCGGUUGGCUGCUUUAAAACAACCCCGUGCUCUCUGUCCCUGCCUGCAGUUUUUUGCUGUCCGAUUUUGGAUUAGCCACUGUAGGGGCUGUGUGUGUGUGUGCUUGAGCUAUCGUUCUCCUCCUCCUGCUUCCCGUUCACUCUCCCAGCGCCUCAGCGCUCUCCUGCAACUUUAGGAUUGAUACUCUGUGUGUGUGUGUGUGUGUGUGUGUGUGUGUGUGGCAUCGUUCUCCUUCUCUUGCUUCCCGUUCACUCUCCCAGCGCCCCUGCGCUCUCCUGCGACUUUAGGAUUGAUACUGUGUGUGUGUGAGGCAUCAUUCUCCUUCUCUUGCUUCCCGUUCACUCUCCCAGCGCCCCUGCGCUCUCCUGCGACUUUAGGAUUGAUACUCUGUGUGUGUGUGAGGGAUCGUUCUCCUUCUCUUGCUUCCCGUUCACUCUCCCAGCGCCCCUGCACUCUCCUGCAACUUUAGGAUUGAUACUGGGGGGGGGGGCGUUCUCCUUCUCUUGCUUCCCGUUCACUCUCCCAGCGCCCCUGCGCUCUUCUGCGACUUUAGGAUUGAUACUCUGUGUGUCUGUGUGUGUGUGUGUGUGUGAGAGAGAGAGAGAGAGGCAUCGUUCUCCUUCUCUUGCUUCCCGUUCACUCCCCCAGUGCCCCUGUGACUUCCAGCGCCCCUGCGACUUUAGCAUGGAUCCACAUGGAUCCUCAGGAUUUUUGCAUUGAGCUACCCCAAACUCACCGUCAGAUCACAUGUCUGUGGCCACAGCAUGAACCACAAAAAUCAUCCACUGUUUCGUUUAGAAUAUUUUUUUCUUGUUUUCCUCCUCUAAAAACUACAUGCGUGUUAUGGUCUGGUGCAUGUUAUAGAGCGAAAAAUACGGUACUUCCAGGUUGCAAUCGUUCGUAACCCAAAAAAAGUAGGUUGAAGUGUUCAUAACCCGAGGUACCACUGUAUCUCUUUUCCCAAGCACUCAUAUUAUUUAACUUUUCCUCUCUCCCUAUUUAUUGCAAUUGCUAAACCCUGAGAAUGUCAACUAAUUUCAGAUUUGAUAUGGUGUCGCUUUCCUUCAGAAUCUUCUUCCAUUUCAUACACAGGGCUGACAAAAUGGCUGUAUGAGAAAACUCGAUGUAUGCUUCUUCCCGUUUACGGAGGGUUUCCAGUGAAAUUGAGGACAUUUAUUGGAGAACCCAUCCCAUAUGAUCCAAAUAUAACAGCUGUAGAGCUGGCUGAAAGAGUAAGUUAACUCUAAACUUGCAAGUUUAAAAGCAGAAUAUUUCUUUUCCUCUUGGUUUCUCUUUCAGCUCUAAAUUUUAUUGCACAUAUUGAUUUCCUCAUUCUAUGUGACCAGAUAUAGGGUUCAUUAUAUAUACUUUUGUGCAUUAUGCCCAUCACUCAAUUUUCCCUCUCCUUAACUUGUUGAAACUAAUUAAAUGGAGAAAAAACUAUGUGGUACAAAGAGAGAUCUGCUCAUGCAAUGGGAUUUCUUCUUCCCACUAUAUUAGGGUUGAGCAUACAAAAUACAUUCUGGAGGUUUACCAUAUUUUUCGCCCCAUAGGACGCACCGGCCCAUAAGGCGCACGUAGUUUUUUGGGGGAAAAUAAAGGGGGGGAAUUAUUUUUUCCCCAGGUGCGGGGCUGGGGCGGGGGAAGCCCGAGCUUCCCCGGACCCCAGCCCCAAGAACAGGCAGCUCUCCGCAAGCCGUGGGAGCCCAGCACGGGCUCCCACAGCUUGAGGAGAGCUGCGCGAAGCUUGAAGCCUUGGCACGCUGAGCUCACCGAGCCCAGGCUUCGGCAUGCAGGCAACUCUCCGCAAGCCGUGGGAGCCCAGCGCCGGGCUCCCACAGCUUGAGGAGAGCUGCGCGAAGCCUGGAGAGUCCUAGAGCGAUGGCGAAGUUGCGCGCAGCUUCGCCAUUGCUCCCGGAGCUUGCGGGGCUGGGGGUGGCGGAAAGCCUGUGCUUCCCCCGACCCCAGCCCCCAUAACGGGUCCCAGAGCGAUGGCGAAGUUGCACGCAGCUUCUCCAUCACUCCCGGAGCUUGCCGGGCUCGCUCUCCAGGCUUCAGCGAAAGCCUGUAUUCGCACCAUAGGACGCACACAGAUUUCCCCUUCAUUUUUGGAGGGGGAAAAGUGUGUCCUAUACGGCAAAAAAUACGGUAUAUCAAUAAUCAAAUAAUAGAUCUUAUUCUAAUUGCUCCUGAUGAAAAUUUUGGUCAAUUGCAUAAAAGGUUGUUGAGCUGAGCUUCUUUGGGGCCAUUGGUCAGAAAGUUGUGAUUUUUUGGGGGGGCGGUUGCCCUCUCCCCACCCCAGCUGCCCACAUGCGCAAAACAGAACCAGAGCCACUCACGUAGGAGCCCGAAACAGCGCACAGACAAAUUUGCCCCCCCAACUCGGAUAUUUCCUUAAAAUUGAAAAAAGAAACCCCCCAGAUGGCCCCAGAAGGACCAGUCUGGGAUUUCCCAAACAUAUGGCAACCCUACACUAUGUGCCCCAGAAUCUGCCUGACAAGUUACCUCCAAGCCACUGUAGUGCUAAUUUUUGAGGAUAUGGAGAGGGUUGAAGAGGAAGACAAUUCAUUGUACACGUUGAUAUAUGUUACAUGUACACACUGAUGUGUGUUUAAGAGAGCAUUGGAUACAGCUUUGUUAAACGGUGCCAUAAUUCCUGACCAACUACCAAGCUAUCAACUCUGAACCUGCAACACAUAUAUUGUAAUUUGUUAUAUUUCAUGCAUCAGCAAGCUCCUAUAUGGGAUGCAGUUUCACUGAAUACAAUGUCAAACACAGAUACCAUUUGUAUGGUAUUUCAUUGCAUGACUUAUUCCAACUGCUCCUGCAGGGGAUGUUACACUUCCCCGCUUCCUCCAGGAAAACAUGGGAAUCUGAAUCCCAAAGGGAGGGGGCUAAGGGGAGGAGCAUGUAGGGUCCUGGUGGCUGAUGGGAACGGGGCUGGAACAUUGUUUAGUAUGCCUGAUUCUUCUCCAAGCACUUUCUGCUUGUUUUCUUGCUGCAUCAAGUUUCAGGUUUUGAUUGCCUGUUUAAAGGGGCAGAUAAGAAAUUUCUUUCUGCAAGGGGUUAUGCCUUGGUUGUCCUGAGGUUCGCUCCUUUUAUCCUACAUUGUAACAACCAUGCAAGGUAACUACUGUGUACAAAGCAGCCCAAGGCACAUAUGUUUGAUUGUUUCUCUGCCAUUCUCAUACAGUGUCCUUGGUAAACAUAAAGAGAGUGGGCUGGAUUCACUGAGAGAUGAGCAGUUUCCUAGUGGGGGGUUCCUCACCCUGGCUGCUCUGGCCCAACCCUCCAUGUUGAAGAAACCACUUUUGAGGGUUGAGAGACAAGGACUCUCAUGCAACACAUCUCUGUGUACAAAGUCAGUUGCAGUCCCAGAAAGAAGUCACAUAUUGUGCUUCUAUAGCUGGAAUAAAUGGGUUGCCUCUGGUUCUGAUCCCUUUACCUUUUUCCUCACAGAUAUUAAUAACUGUGAAUACCUAUUUUGCAAUCUAUUCCUCUAACACAAUGUAUUCCUCUGGUUUUCUUUCAACAGGCGAAGAUUGCACUUGAAAAUCUUCGGGAUAAACACCAAAAAAGGCCAGGAAAUAUAUUAAGAGCUCUUUCAGAACGAUUUGAUAAGCAUUACAAAGCUAACUAG